AUGGCAUCUAAGAUCUUCCUUAUUGAGAAUCCAAACUACUGCAAAUCAGGGAUCAAGUCCUAUGUGCAUCUAAUACGCAAAUACCGCUUGCACCCCACCAAAAAUGGUCCCUAUUCCAUCGGUCGAGCUAUCCAUCAGACUGGCCGGCCCUUCACUGACAAGCCUAUCGGCGGUCGAGUUCGUUUUCACGACGUGAUGCGAAAACAAACCUCGGACGAUCAACUCCAGCAAGUUGAGAAGGAUGAUAUCCAAAACGAUGCAGCGUUCUUUAUGCCCGUGAGCAUCGGAACCCCGGCUCAAACUUUCAACCUAGUUUUGGAUACAGCGUCUGUUGAUUUUUGGGUGCGAUCUAGUGAGCUCCCUGCAGAUACACUACCCAAGGGUGAAGAGGAGAGCCAUACCUUUGAUCCUGAAAAAUCGAGCACAUUCAAAAACAUCGAAGAUUCGCCAUGGAAGGUUACCUACGUGGACGGUUCUUCAGUGUCUGGUUCCAUCGGUACAGAAGACAUCACCAUUGGAGGAGUGGCCUUCAAGACACAACCCGUACAGCUUGCCAAAACCAUGUCACCAAUGUUUACACAAUUCUCAGCAGAUGGCGUUCUGGGGCUGGCGUUUGGGCAUAUUAAUCAUCCCCAACAGGACAUCAAGGCCCUGGCCGAGCGCUUGAAUACUAGAGACGACCGAGAACAAUCUGCAAAACUGUUUACUGCAAAACUUGGAUCUUGGGGCGACUCUGACCUAAAGAAGUCAUUUUGCACAUUUGGCUCCAUUGAUGAGGAUGCUGUGCGUUAUUGUGGCCAUGAUGUUCAUCAUACGCCUAUCGACAAUAGUCGAGGCUAUUGGAUGUUUGAGUCCCCCUCUGCAACGGUUGGAGGAAAACCCAUGAGUAGAUCUGAGAACAAGGCUGUUGUGGAUACCGACGCAGCAUUGACUCUACUUGAUGACCAAACGUGUCAAGCCAUUUAUGAUUCUAUCCCAGGCGCAUUCUAUGACAGUGAAACCCAAGGCUUUCUCAUCCCAUCCGACAUCAAUGUAGACCAGCUUCCAGUCGUCCAGUUAGCAGUUGGGGAGAAAUCGUUCGCUAUGUCAAAGGAGAGUUUGAUGUUUGCUGAAGCCAAACCUGGCUACAUAUAUGGCGGUGUCCAGAGUCGUGGAUCGCUCGAAUUUGACGUCCUUGGUGGAACAUUCUUGGAUGGAUUAUAUGCGAUAUUUGAUUUCGGUUCUCUUCGAUUUGGUGCUGUGCAGGCCAAAACAAAAGUGUAG